CGAAAUAAAACAAUAUGUGAAUUGUUAAAAAAAAAUUAGUGUUUUUUGUAUUUAAAUUAUAUUAUUAAUUAAUUUUAUCAAAAUGCCGUUAAAAGAACCAAUAAUGAAAGCAACAAUUGCUGCACACUCAUCAUUCAGUUCCACAGAAUCAUCAUUAUCAAAGCCUGAACAUUUAGCGGAAACAGAAAUCAUGAAUACAAAUAGUUUUGCAAAAUUAAAAUUUGGUGAAAAAGUUGUGUUUUUACGUAAUUAUAUAACUGUUGAGCCAAUGUUAGCGUGUUAUAUAAUGCCGAGUGUGUUAUCUGGAUUAGCUGUACAAAAUAUGAAUUUACAAAAAGCGUGUCGAGUUAAUUUAGGAUAUAGCGAUGAAAUUUGUUCAGCGUUGGUGGAAAGGAAGACUACAAAUUUUUCACAAGAGGAAAUUGAAGUACAAACAUUAGUAGCAGGCAUGACUGUAUGGAAAACAGCAUUACAAAGCUCUAUACCUGCAUUUUUAAUAAUGUUUUUGGGUGCGUGGAGUGAUCGACGUGGUCGUCGAAAACCGUGUAUGCUUUUACCAAUAAUUGGUGAAUUUUUAACAACAAUGGGACUUAUUCUUUGUACAUAUUAUUUUAUGGAAUGGCCAAUGGAAGUUGCCGGUGUUAUAGAAGCAAUAUUUCCAGCAUUAACUGGCGGUUGGAUGACAAUGUUUAUGGCAAUCUUCAGUUAUAUCGCCGAUAUUACUACGGUUGAAAUGCGAACAUUUCGUAUCGGUGUUGUUAAUAUUUUCGUAUCGCUUGGAAUUCCCAUUGGAACAGCAUUAAGUGGUGUACUUUAUAAGCAAAUUGGAUUUUAUGGAAUCUUCUCUAUAUCGGCAAUGUUUUAUUUAGCGGGAUUCUUUUAUGGAGUUGUAUACAUACAAGAGGCAAAUAGUAAAAUUGAUGAGGAUACACCAGGAGGUUGUCAAGAUUUUUUUAACCCUCGGCAUGUGUUAGAGACCUUUCGAAUUAUUACUCGAAAACGUGAUGGGAAUACUCGAACGUUAAUUGUCUUAUUAAUGUUAGUAUUUAGUGUCAUUGUUGGUCCUUUAUAUGGUGAAACUGCAGUUAUGUACUUGUAUGGUCGAUAUCGUUUUAAUUGGGAUGAAGUUGAUUUUAGCAUGUUUGCGACUUACUGUGUUGUUAUAAAUCUCGUUGGUACACUAAUAUCGAUAACAGUGUUCAGUCGUUGGUUAAAAUUAGAUGAUACAAUUAUUGGAAUUAUGGCGUGUUUGAGCAAAGUUGCUGCUAGUUUUAUAUACGCUUUUAGUAAGACUCCAACAUUAUUUUAUAUCGCUCCUUUAGUGGAUAUAAUCAGCGGAACGGGUGUCAUUGCCAUGCGAUCAAUUACAACGAAAAUUGUUGCUUCGAACGAACAAGGAAAAAUUCAUUCUUUAUUUGGAGUAUGUGAAGCUAUUGUUCCACUUAUUUACAGUCCAAUGUACAGUGUUUUAUAUGUGAAUACACUUAAAACUUUACCGGGUGCUUUCUUUUUAUUGGGUGCAGCUAUGACAUUACCUGCAGUUGGUAUAUUUGCGUGGAUGUAUAUUUUACAAAAACGAGACCGAAUAAACAGUGAAAAUCCAGUAAAAGGUCCAGACAUAUUUAAGUAUACAAUACCAGUUAAUGAAAUUGUCCCCUAAUU